GUCAGCAGUAGCUUUUUUUUUGAAAAGAAAAACCACCUUCGAGUUUACUUAAUUUGUCAGGUCCAUUCAAGUUUCGGAACAACAAGGGCGGUUUAACACAAUUAAAUUGAGUUUUUUAACCGGCUGGAGUUUGAAAAUGGAAGUAUUAUUUUUGGCAAGAAAAGAAUUCAUGAUAAUAAAGAGAAACUCGCACAUGUCAGUGGGUGUUAAUUGCGUGAAAACGUUAGUUGACAGUUCACCAUUACCAAAAAAGUCAACUAGCUUUCACGAAAAAGGCCAUUAUGUCGUGCAACUGGGAAACUCAACUUAUAUCGACCGAUCACCAAAUUUCCACGCCAUGGUUUACAAAUCAAUGCAAAAAUAUUGAGUACCACUAUUUUAUUUUAAACACUCUCAAGAGUCAAAACAACUUUGCUAAUGGGGUUUGUCAACUUUUGAAUAGACAUGAAUGAAGUUGAACCGACAACAAAAGAGCAAAAAAUAAAAAUGCGAUGUCAAAUUCAAGUCACAAGAACAGUUACGGGUGUUAAUUACUUGAAAAACGUAGGUGUCAACACAUCGAUAGUAAAGAGGAGUAUGAUUCGAGAGCGUGAGAAAACGAUAUCGAGAUAUCUAACUAACGAAAGAAGUAACAAUUUCUGGUAAUGGUGAAUCACGGACAUUAAUAUAGACUAUGCUAAAGAUGUCGCCUCCCUUUUUUAGAACAUACAAUGUGCUUUGUUCGAACUCGCUUUGAGACUGCGAACAUUGGUUUGUUAUUACAAAGGAGAACAUAAAUCAAAUUUUGAUAUGUGGAAAGGCUAAUGUAUUACAAAAAAGGAUUUAUGAGUUUUAACGGAGAAGCAAGCAAUAUAAGCAAUGAUACACUGUGUAAUAUAAGACCUUAAGCUGGCGCAAAAAUGACUAGAAAGGCUUGUUCUUCCAAUAAACAAAUAAACGAUUUGUUUUCCUUGUAUUUUUCUCAAACCUCGAUGACAAACAGGCAGAAAAUGUUACAUGUCGAUAUAAUGAGCAAAAAUAGAAUAAGUCUCAACCCAGCGCAGACUUAUUUUGACAAUAGCGGGAGGAGAGAAAAUAGUUUUGUAGCACUUACAUUUGUGAAACAAAGCUUUCGAAGAAAAGGCGUUAAUUACACGAACACUCGCUCUUGAUUCAUGAAUAAUAAAUAAAGUAAUCGCCAGUUUUGUGAGAAACCAGGAAAUGCAUUUCGAGUUGCCUAACUGAGCGUAGUUUGGGAAUACAACUUAAAUUCAUUUUGCAUUGGUUUUUUCAGUUGAACAAUAAGACGCGAGACAUAUUCGAGAGUUUACCGAGUCCAGAAUUGCGUAACACUGCUGAUUAAUAGCGCUUUGUUGACUAGUAAAAAAGAUGUCUUGCAACGAAAUAAUCACUGUUGAAGCUGGUAAAAAAAAUAAUCUUGGAACUCUUUGUUAUUAGGUGGUGACACAAUAUUUAAUUUGUGACAGCAUCUGUCGUCCGAACUCAGUACGUGCCGCGGUUGAGUCAAAGAGUUUUCUUCAGAGGCACCGAAGAAAACAAUCUUUUACAGCACUUUUGUCUUGACAAAGAGCCAAAAUGCGUAGAGGAUUGAAGAACUUUUUUACCUUUCCAUGGUUCAUCGAGAAAACGGCUAGUUCACCCAAACACGCAAAGUAAGUUAUCGAUACAUCAAAACCAAAUCAACUACAAAACACUCAACUUGUUGAAGUGGAAACUGCUUCUUAUAAAGUUUUAUCCCAGAACUGAAUUUCUGAACAAGACUUCACUCAGAGCCAAGAUUACCGCCGGAAUCCAUCGACUUCGCAAACAGUACUAUGAGUGCAAGGCCAGAAACUACUGCUAAAGAAACAUGUGGAAGCGAAGCAGAGUACGCUAGUCCAGAACACGAAUUAAAUGGCUGGGGCGCUGAAGUCGAACCAACAGGCGAACCGACAGCCGAGCCGGUUCCAGAGUGGGAUACGGCGGUAGAAACUUGGGGCGCUGCUUGGGAUAUUCAUCAAUACGGACUCGGCGGGUCGUUUGGUAUUGUCGGUGUUUUUGCGCUCGUAGCGCUCCUCGGAAUCUGCAAGAACAGCGGGGGUGUACGGCAGAAGAAAGUCUCUGUGGUUGUGCUGAGCCAGAUCGUUUUAUUUGGUUUAUCAAGGUGUUUGUUCUUGUGUGUGGAUGCUUACCAUUCCAAGGGCCAUGUUUCAAGCACCGUGGUGAGUGUAAUCUGGGGAAUUGGACAGCCUUGUUUGAUCACAGCCUUCAUGCUCAUUUUUCUAGUUUUGAGAAAUGCCCUCGUGAUGAAAAGCAGAUUUCAGAACUGGUACACGACGCGAAACAUAGCUCUGGUCACAGUUCCAUAUUACAUCUUCGUCUUCGCUUCGGAAAUGAUUGUUUCGUUCAUUCCGGCAUACAGAGCCUUGAUCCUGGCCUGCCAGAUAAUAAACAUUAUUUUAUAUCUUACUCUAGCUUCAUUCUACAGCUACAUCUCUGUUCUCAUUUGGAAAACGCUUCAACUUGUACGCAGAGCAGCUUCUAAAGGACAGGAAAGAGGGAAACAGACCUCGGCAAUCUUCAAGCGUUGCGUAGCAGCAGCUGUGAUCAGUUUCAGCGCCGCCGCCCUACUCGUUUACGCCGCCGUAGGCGUCAACGGCGUUUUUUCGAACGAGCAGUACGUUUCUCCGUGGCCCUGGUUCGCCUUCACUACGUCACUACGCUGUUUGGAGAUAGGAAUGUCCGUGUUGUUGUACACCGCAAGUAUGCACAGUGCCGCUGGACAACAAAAUCGCAGGAGGGUGGACGUGGCACCAAUGACCGUGAUGCAAUCAAACCAAUAACGCGUAACGCGCAACACGUAACGCGGCACAUGGCCAGAACGGUGGCAAUAUUGUCAAUAAGUGAACAACGCACGCGAGAUAUUGCUGAACAUGUAACAAAAAAAUUAAAUUUUGAUGCAGCAAGGAAGUCAAUAUUACUAGCAAUAGUAAUCUAACUUGGAAGAAUAUCUUCAUUUCGAAAUGUUAAAAACAUUUUAAUCUUCAACUGCGAUCACAUUUUAUUUUUGAACUGAUGUUUUUAAAAUUUCUAACCAGCGCGUACCACCUCGUCAAAGGUGGCGUCACAUUUUGUCGAUAGGGGCGGGAAAUCGGGAGCGCGGGGCUUGAUGGUACGACGGUGGAACGCGUCGAGAGCAGCAGUCCCACAAUUCACAUGCUCCACCCUCCAAUCAGAGGGGCGCCUGGGGACGAGGCAGGAGAAGUCGGGUCACGUGAUGGAUCUCAUCUUCUCAGUCAAGAUGUUUUGAACUGAGAAUCAGAUUCUUCCAACUUGAAUGACCCCAAGUUCGUAACAAAAAGUUCUGACAAUUUCAGUGGAAAUGUUAUAAUAAGUAAUUACAGAUACUAAUGGCCUACACGUGAAGAUACUGCAAGCGCAGUGGCGCGAAUAGUUUGAAUUUUCAAUUGAGCAGCGGUAGUAGAGGGUCAAAUUCACGUCACCUGAGUUGGAGCUGUCAAUACUCAUUUUGAAUCCCUUUUAACAUAUUUUACCAAUCGUAUUGUUAAUCAAGUGUUGUAGCAUUUCCUACUUUGCUGUUUGGAAUCAAAAGGAAAAAAAAAACACCCAAGGAAAUAUUCAUCUAGUAAACACAGUAACAAGUAAAAAGGGAAGAGAAAACACAUUCAUACAAAACAAGUCGCUCUUAAUUUAAAUUUUAUUAAUACAUAUCGUUUUUUUUUUUUUACUUUUUGCCUUUGAAGAAUGAAAGAAGUUUUCUUAUUCUCAUACCAUAGUGUUUUCCCUUGGUUUUCAAUUGUUCCAGGCAAGUCUGUCGGUGGGGUGAGCGGAGGGGGUUAGAAUUUUCACUUUGCCAGGUUACUCCAUUGGUGUAAAGUCUGGAGGGCAUAGCCACAAAUUUUACAAACAUUCUAACUUUUGGUAUAAUGUUUAGUCUGUUAUAAUAUUGUGUCAAACCUGUUAUGGUAUCUGGUUAAACCUGUUACGAUAUUUUACCAAACCCGUAAAGAGUCUUAAAACCUGUUACCAACACAAUACCACAACCCGUUUUCUUUGCAAUUACUUGUUUAGAAUUUCAGCAGUAGAAGGACUUAAUAAAAAGAGAGGCGUCAAGUGAUGGACUUGUAACCACGGUAACUAA